AUGUGGAUGGGAAAAAUAGGAAACAAGUCUGCUUCCUUCAUAAACCAUAAACACUUUCAUCCGGGUAACAGAGAAAACCUAGAGAAAGUAUGGCUAGCAGAAGAAAAACAUAAAGCAGAGCUCAAAAGGCAAAAGGAAAUGAAGGAGAGACUUGCAGAGGAAAUACGUAUAACAGAAUUAAAACGACAAUUACGAGAACAAGAGGAACAAAGAUAUAAGGAAUAUAUAUUGCAACAAAAACCAACCAGUAAAUAUCAAGUAACAGAUGAAGAUUCAAAAUUAAAAAGUGGAGCUACAGGACUUAUAAUAACAAAGAAACCUCUAGAAUCACGACACAAGGAUCACGAUCAUGGCAUACAAAAAAUAGCUAUAACGUCAAGCUAUCGUGAAGACGUAUUCGAACAUGGACAUACAACUGUAUUCGGAAGUUUAUAUGACCGUGAAACGGGACGUUGGGGCUACCAAUGUUGCGGAACUUUCGAACGUGGUGAAAAGUGCCUCAACAAAAAUCCCACAAAAAAAAAUACAUCAAAAAACAAAAAAGAAGAACAAUAUAAUAACACAGAUGAUACCAAUGAUGCAAAGAAAAACGAUGAUAAUGCAUCUGACGUCACCAUAGAUAAACGGCAACGCAAUGAUGAUGAUGAUAAUACAAGUGGCCAUAUCGCUACAACAACAAAUAAGCAGAAACGACGUGGGAAGCUUAGCAUGGCCGAUGCACUGGAUAAGCUAAAACAAAUGGAUGCAUUGUUAUAA